CACAGAACAGUUGAACGUACCUUCUUUUUCGUCUCCUUUUUACUGCAUUGCAUACACUCACUCUUUGGUGAGAGAGUGAGUCCUCCUUUCGUCCAUCCAUCCAUGAUUCAACCCCCGCAUCAGUAUUGCUUGAGAAGUGGGAACUGAGAACACUCUCUUACUUCAACAAGAAGACUUCAAGAGAGCUUAGUCAACGUUGUGCAGCGUGCUCGAAAACACGUUGCUCGAUCGAACACUUGUCAGUUGAGUGAGCGGAUCGAGGGAACGAACGAACGUAGUAGCUCUUUCAUCAGAUUAUUCAGUUGUUCAGUGAACUUGAGAAUUCAGCCACCGACCGUUCCAAUCUGCAACGUCAAUUUAGAAGCCCUAUCUGGACUACCAUGACCUCAGAGGAAGUCAUAGUGACCCUGGUUCAGGGGAUCUUUGAUCAGGGGCGUUACCAAGAAACCCGCAACGUGAUUAAGGAGAAGCAUGAAAUGUUGCAAUCUGACGAGGUCAAAUUGAAAUUGCUCAAACUGUGGGAGGAGAGUCUGUACCAAGAAUUCUCCUUGGCCAAACAGUCGUUGGCCGGUGGGAAUGGCGGGACCAAAGGCGAUCCAUGCGGACUUUCGAGUAGUAUGCGAUACAAGCUGCGCAAGAAGCAUCCCUGUCCCAUUGAGCUGGAGCAAGAAUUGAGGGUCAAAAACGCCCGGUUGCCUAAGGUGGUCCACGACGGGUUGAACGCGUGGCUCAAAUCUCACAAAGAAAACCCUUAUCCCAAUAAGCGCGACAAGGAUCUACUCUCCACCAAAUUGGGCAUUACUCCUCAACAGGUGAAUCGAUGGUUUAUUCAGAGACGGAAAAUGAUACGCCUGCGCGGCGUGGAUUAUGUGGGUCGCUUUGACAGCCCCUUGGACGACUACCCUCAUGAUGCUCAUGAUGCGUACAUGGAAGAUGAAGAUCUGAAUAGUAAUGAUUCCUACGACGGAGAAAUGGCCAACUACCAUCACAACCACGAGGCGCUGUCUCCGCCCUCUCUGAACGACCCCAACAGCUCGUCUUUGUUAAAAAGUAUUCUGACCGUGAACCAAACCUCCAAUUCCUCCCAUCCUUUGCCAUUGGGAUUGAGUUCUGGGGGUACGGUCCAGGUUAUGGACAACAUCAAACAGAACAUUUCUCGACUCCUGAUCUCGGAAGAGGACAUUCUCACCCCACCCCCGAGUAUAUCUGGGGACUCAACGGCCCGUGCCACGCCCUCGGAUUUUCCCCUUGAAAUGACCGUCACCACCUCGAAUGCCAUCACUGUGGAGCAACGCGAAGCCUUAGAUCUGUCUGUGGAGGCCCGCAAUGCUCGACUUCAAAGCUACAAGAUGAAUCAUUCUGAUAUGCCCACGUCCGCGGAGUCUUCGGCGAGAUCGUCGGCCUGCUCAUCGCCGCAUAAGGACUACUCCACCAUUGUCAACCUCUCCCUUGGAUUGGAAGAACAAAUUGCGGUGAAUGCGCUUCUUACCUUGUCCCACGGAGGACUCUAAUCCCAGUGUCUUUCACAAACGACGAAUAUCAUUAUCAUUCAAGUGAGGAAACCACUCCUGGAUUUUGUCCCUCUCCAACCCCUCCCAAGAACGCUUGGAACCAAGUCAACGCUUCAAUCUUCGUACUUUAAUACCCAGCCCAAGUUUCUUUUCAUCUGGCUAGAAGUUGAAACAAUGUAUUACCGUAUGCAGAUGAACAGUAUAACCAAUAUUAUAAGAAUCUACAUGUGUACUAUGUAGUAGGUUAGCAAUAUUGUUAUUAGCAGCAAUGUGCGUGUUUUUCUACUCUUCUUUACACCAUACAACAAAACCUGGUUUCUCAAAGAAAUAAAUAUAGAUACAUUACGUCUUAGUACAAAGUGAACAAA